GUACACUUUUCUUCUUCAGUAAUUAGCUCGGCUUCCAGCGAAGCCAUGCUUCAGCAUCUUCGGGAAGAGCCCAUCGCGACUGCAUCCCGUCUGCCGUGAAAACUAUAUAUAUAUUUUUUUGUUUUCGGUUCCCUCACAGAGAUGGGCGAGAUCAGUGAAGCGUCUUUACUGGAUUACAUCUGUUCCUCGGGAGGAAAAGUCAAAAAUUCCGAUCUGUCCAAAACAUAUAAGCAUUUUAUAAACCAUAGCGAUUUGCAGCUGCGUGCCAAAUACAGAGAAGAGUUCAAACUCAUUAUUGAUCGAAUCGCGGUGGUGAAAUCUGAGAAUGGAGAGAAAUAUCUCGUCCUCAAGAAGAAGUAUAGACAGCAAAUGCAAGAGCGAGAGUCUGGAGCUGGGAAGGGAGGAGAAUCAAUCAAGCUGGUUCAUACAAACCUACAAAAUGAUCUCCGGGUCGCCAGUCCAGUACAGAACCGUAACCCGACCGCUCAGAAACCAGCGAUGGUGGCCUGGUGCUCAGGACCCAUGAUUACAGUCACAGAGGCACCAAAACCGACCCAUACAGAUGAUCAGGCGGACGGCACCCUCUCGCCGCCAGCGGCAGCAGAGGAGGAGAAACCAGAGGAGCUUUCAGCCUCGGACCGAGAAGAUGAACUCGACAAGGAUUCGGGGUCGAAGAGUGAAUCGGAGCAGGAUGACGAGUGUGGAGGCAGUUUGGGAUCCACCGCUGUGGCUCUUGAUCCUCUUGAGAAAGAGUGGAUCUUCUCUGCAGCCAGUGGCAAGCUGUCUCACCUCACUCAGCUCCUGAAGCAAGACUCCUCCCUGGCCAAUAAAAAGGACUUCACCUCAGGGGAGAUAGAUGUCUUUAGGUUUACCGCUCUGCACUGGGCUGCAAAACACGGUAAAGAAGACAUGACCACGAUGCUGGCGGAGGCCGGGGCUGACAUCAAUACAAAAGCACAUGGGGGAUACACACCGUUACACAUCGCAGCGCUGCACGGUCAUCGACACAUAUUUGACCUGCUGGUCAGGACAUACGGAGCGAAGGAGAAUCUGCGGGACUACAGUGGACACUUAGCGUAUCAUUACCUCAAUUUAAGGGAGACGCAAGUAGAAGAGCACGAGUUAUCUGAAGUCGGCGAGUGCCACAGCCUCACCCAGGCCGGAGAGCGCAGGAACAGGAAGAUCGCCUCCUUGUUUCAGUCUAUGAAGAAGUGGGGUUCGGCCGAGGACCUGGCGCCCGUGCCGGAGGAGAGGACCGUUGCUCAUCAGCUCAUGCUGCCUGCGUUUAGACCCAGAAAGUUCUCACGGUAGACUCUGUGAAUAGUGUACAGAUGAAAACGCACUUUGCUGCUUUCUUCGCACAAAUAGUAUGAUGUAGGUGUAUUCACGUUUGAGUAGCUUUUUAGCUUAAUUGGCGUUUGUAGUGUGAUUUAUAAGUGUAUCGUCUUAAUUUCUGUGCUAAAGGUCAAUAAGCAAUGAAAAACUUAAGUUUUAAGUUUAAGAAAAACUGUUGUCUGUAUAUUAAUUUCUAAAAGUCUGCCUUAAAUAGAGACCAACUUCAGCUUUUUAUUUGCCUUGUUUUCACCUUAAACUUAAAAGUCAGAAUCUCAAGUUUAAGGGCCCGCGAGAAUGCUUUUCAUCCUUUAUAUUUUAGAUAUUCUUAUUAAUAAUUUUAUAAUAUAUCAAUAUUUCUCACACACACCCACGUAUAUAAAUGUGUGUAAAUAAAUAAAUAAAUAAAUACACACACAUAUGUAUAUAUGAGUGUG